AUGGACCAUGAAGAAGGUUUCCAGAGACAGGAGCAGCACAAGUUGGAGAGUGAAGCCUGGGAUAACCCUGCCUACAGCAGUCCUUCUUCCCCACACGGGACACUGAGGAUCUGCACCAUCACCAGUGUGGUGCCUCAACAACCCCAACCCAUGAAGCCUGAGGAUGUCCCGCAGAAAGGAAGACCAAGGACCCUGAUGUCCAGCUGUUGCCUGAGGGUCCAACGUGGCAUCAGAGGACUUUGGGGAACGACCCUGACAGAGAACACAGCUGAGAACCGGGAGCUUUAUGUUAAGACCACCCUGCGGGAGCUGCUGGUGUACAUCGUGUUCCUGGUGGACAUCUGUCUCUUGACCUACGGGAUGAUGAGCUCCAGUGCCUACUACUACACCAAGGUGAUGUCAGAGCUCUUCUUACAUGCCCCAUCAGACACUGGAAUCUCCUUCCAGGCCAUCAGCAGCAUGGCAGACUUCUGGGAUUUUGCCCAGGGUCCUCUGCUGGAUGGUUUAUACUGGACCAAAUGGUACAACAAUAAGAGCUUGGGCUAUGGCUCCCACUCCUUCAUCUACUAUGAGAACAUGCUGCUGGGGGUUCCAAGACUGCGGCAGCUGCGGGUUCGCAACGACUCCUGUGUGGUGCACGAAGACUUCCGUGAGGAUAUUUUGAACUGCUAUGAUGUGUACUCAGCUGACAAAGAAGAGCAACGCCCCUUUGGAUCCCUCAAUGGCACAGCGUGGACAUAUCACUCUCAGGAUGAGCUGGGGGGCUCCUCCCACUGGGGCAGACUCACAAGCUACAGUGGAGGCGGCUACUACUUGGACCUUCCAGGAUCCCAACAGGCCAGUGCAGACGUACUCCGUGACCUUCAGGAAGGGCUGUGGCUGGACAGGGGCACUCGGGUGGUCUUCAUCGACUUCUCGGUCUACAAUGCCAACAUCAAUCUCUUCUGUGUUCUGAGGCUGGUGGUGGAGUUUCCAGCCACAGGAGGUGCCAUUCCAUCCUGGCAAAUCCGCACGGUUAAGCUGACCCGCUACGUCAGCAACUGGGACUUCUUCAUUGUUGGCUGUGAGGUCAUCUUCUGCAUCUUCAUCAUCUACUAUGUGAUUGAGGAACUGCUGGAGAUCCAUAUCCACCGGCUGCACUACCUCCACAGCAUCUGGAACAUCCUGGAUCUCGUGAUCAUAUUGCUCUCCAUUGUGGCCGUGGGCUUCCACAUAUUCCGAACCCUGGAGGUCAGUCGGCUGAUGGGCAAGCUCCUGCAGCAGCCAGAUGCAUAUGCUGACUUUGAGUUCCUUGCCUUCUGGCAGACACAGUACAACAACAUGAAUGCUGUCAACCUCUUCUUUGCCUGGAUCAAGAUAUUCAAGUACAUCAGCUUCAACAAAACCAUGACUCAGCUCUCCUCCACCCUGGCCCGCUGUGCCAAGGACAUCCUGGGCUUUGCUGUCAUGUUCUUCAUCGUGUUUUUUGCCUACGCCCAACUUGGCUACCUGCUUUUCGGAACCCAAGUGGAAAACUUUAGCACUUUCAUAAAGUGCAUUUUCACUCAGUUUCGGAUCAUCCUUGGGGACUUUGACUACAAUGCUAUUGACAAUGCCAACCGCAUCCUGGGCCCUGUCUACUUCGUCACCUAUGUCUUCUUCGUCUUCUUUGUGCUUCUGAACAUGUUCCUGGCUAUCAUUAAUGACACGUACUCCGAGGUCAAGGAGGAGUUAGCUGGACAGAAGGACGAGCUGCAGCUUUCUGACCUCCUGAAACAGAGCUAUAACAAGACCCUACUGAGGCUGCGUCUGAGGAAGGAGCAGGUUUCUGAUGUGCAAAAGGUUUUGGAUGGCGAGCAGGGAAUCCAGUUUGAGGAUUUUACUAAUACCUUGCGGGAGUUGGGGCACACAGAGCAUGAGAUUGUUGAGCUCACGACUGCCUUCACCAGGUGUGACCAGGAUGGCAAUCGGGUUCUGGAUGAGAAGGAACAGGAACAGAUGCGACAGGACCUGGAGGAGGAGAGGGUGGCCCUCAGCGCCAAGAUUGAGAACUUGGGCCAGUCCAUUGUGAGCAGCCCAUCAGGCGAGCCAGGUCCAGAGACCAGCAGAGCAGAAGGCUGCAUUUCAGAAGAAAAAUUCUACAUGCUCACAAGGAGAGUUCUGCAGCUUGAGACUGUUCUGGAAGGAGUUGUAUCCCAGGUUAACGCUGUGGGAUCAAAGCUGAAGUUGCUGGAGGGGAAAGGGCAGCUAGCUCCCUCCCCCGGCAUGAAGCACCAAGCUAUUUGGGAACACUUGAAUUCAGCUCCUGCUGUAGCUCCAGUACCCCAGAGUGUCCCAGAGAGUGGUGAAGGGAACCCCUAA